AUGAAAAUCUUCGAGCGUCGGGGAGAAUACGACUUGAUCGUGAUUGAUCACUUGGGCUUGUCGAUCUUCUACCCUUUCGCGCACGGCACGCCGUUCGCAAUUUUUUCGACUUCAGCUCUCCUGCCAUGUCAGAGCGCAAGCUUGGGGAACGUCCCAAAUCCAGCUUUCGUUUCAAGUGCUCUCAUGGAAUUCAAGCAACCUUAUGGAACUUUCGACCGGCUCAAGAACAUUGUACUGACUUUCGCUCAGUGCUACGUUUAUUGGGCGAUCCCUUCACAAACAGAAAAACUGAUGAGCGAACGCUUCCCAUCGCUUCCGUCACUGAAAGAAAUCGAACGGAAUGCGAGCCUGCAUCUCCUGACGACCAGCUUAGCGUUGGAUGGUCCGCUGGCUCUGCUACCUAAUCAGGUGCCCAUCGCCGGACUCGUGCUGAUGCCGCCACAACCUCUACCCAAGACUAUCCAAGUCCUCGAAGACAUUUGUUAA